UGCACUCCUUGAUUUUUGCUUCCUCAACUAUCUCUCACUUCCACGUUUCAUUCUCUUCUCAUUUCACAUAAAAUAGGUCAGGUCAUCCCUCACCUGCUUCAGUUGAAGUUUUCUUUAUGAUGCCAAGUGUUAAACCAAAUCCAUCCGACAAAGACUCAGAACUAUUUGUUGAAAAUGAUCCAACCGGAAGAUAUGGAAGAUAUGACGAGUUACUAGGAUCGGGUGCUUGCAAAAAAGUUUAUAGAGCAUUUGAUCAAGAAGAAGGAAUAGAAGUAGCUUGGAAUCAAGUUAAGCUUCGGAAUUUCAGCAAUGACCCUGCAAUGAUUGAUAGACUUUACUCUGAAGUGAGAUUACUUAGAAGCAUGACGAACAGAAACAUCAUUGCACUUUAUAAUGUUUGGAGGGAUGAUGAUCAUAAUACACUGAAUUUCAUCACUGAGGUUUGUACAAGUGGGAAUUUGAGGGAAUAUAGGAAGAAACAUAAGCAUGUUUCUCUUCAAGCUUUGAAGAAGUGGUCUAAGCAGAUUUUGAAAGGGUUGAAUUAUUUGCAUGUGCAUGAUCCUUGUAUCAUUCAUAGAGACCUCAAUUGCAGUAAUGUUUUUGUCAACGGAAACACCGGUCAGGUUAAGAUCGGUGACUUAGGUUUGGCAAUAAUUGUGGGAAAGAACCAUUCAGCACAUUCAGUUUUAGGUACACCGGAAUUUAUGGCACCAGAGUUAUAUGAAGAGAAUUACACUGAGAUGGUUGACAUAUACUCAUUCGGAAUGUUAGUACUAGAGAUGGUGACACGAGAGAUUCCGUAUAGCGAAUGUGAUAAUGUUGCGAAGAUAUACAAAAAGGUGUCUUCAGGCGUGAGACCUCAAUCGUUGAACAAGAUAAAGGAUGCUGAAGUGAAGGCUUUCAUUGAAAGGUGUCUUGCUCAACCAAGGGCUAGACCUUCUGCUGAUGAAUUGCUAAAAGAUCCUUUUUUUGAUGUGUUAGAUUGUGAUGAAAAUGGUGAUGUUGAUGAUGAAUCGGUUAUUCUAUGAUGAUGAAAAUUUACACCAUUUUAAGAUGGUAAAUCAAUUUAGGGUAGGAUUUGAUUACUAUGAUGAAAAUGAUUACUGUGCUUAAUUUUUGUACAUGUGCGUGUGUGUGUGUGUUUUUUUUUUUUGUCUAUGUAUAUGCCAAUACAACUAAAGAGAAGCAAUUUUAAAACUGCAAAUUAAUCCAA